AUGCCCUACGGCUUUGCACCGGCCACACCUACGCGAUCGAGGAAACUCUCCGGUAGAUGCUCGUCUCAUUCUAUCAAGUGCACGUGCUCUGCAUGCAUCUAUAUCUAUGGCCUUUCAUUCCGAUACCUGCAAACUUCCUUUAUUCUUCUGAAUCCUCGGAGUCAUUUUGUUUAUUAUUCUCAGCUAAUCAGUGGUAGAGGUGGUUACAACUUUCAAUCAGUUAGAAGAUGGACUACCCAAAAAAAGCUGGGAUAUAGCCUCUUGGAGUGUGAUAAAAUUUUUGUGCCUAUCCACAAAGAAGUACAUUGGUGUUUAGCAAUUAUAAACAAAAAGGAUCAAAAGUUCCAGUAUCUUGAUUCGCUCAAAGGAGUUGAUGCAAAAGCAAUGAAAGUACUGGCCAAAUACUUAGUUGAUGAAGUGAAGGACAAGAGUGGAAUGGACAUCGAUGUCAAUUCAUGGGAGCAAGAAUAUGUAGUCAACUUGCCUGAGCAGGAAAAUGGGUAAGUGUGGAGCUUUUAUAGUGAAACACUUUUUUUCUGAAAUGAUAAAUAUAGCAAAAAUGAAUGUUCUUCUAAAGAGGAAUAAGUACGGUUUAAUAUUUAUUUUUCCCUUUUUCUAUCUCUUCCAACUAACGACAUUCUUUUACACUUCUUUG